ACGAUUCAAAAAUGAAAAAUUUUUUUAGUAUUUAUGCAUAUAUUUAAUUCGCACACAUCAUACACAUACACACGUACACACACGAUACGUAAAGGUUAUAAUAAAAUUUGUGGUUCAGGUUUUCUUUCACCAGAUGGCAAGCCGAUGAAAUACAUGAAGUACAUACGCGAAUAGUACUGCCGCUAUAAAAAAAAAAAAAAAAAAAAUCUUAUAAAAUGUUCGACUAUUUGCAUGUGCAAUUAUUCAAAGAAAAUAAGUAGACAUUUUAAUUGUUAUUGUUAUUAAAAACAAGUGGUGCAUUUUAUAUUUGAAUGUUAAGCGUCUGAGCUUAUUGUUUUACUUAGAAAAUAAAAUUUGGCUUAUAAUAUAAAUUAUUUAAAAAAAUGUCCUUGAUACUACGAGCUAAUUUACGACAAAAGUGUGAAAUUUAUUUUAAAAAUACUAAGAACUUGAGUUGCAGUUAUCUCCGUAUGAACUGUUAUAGUAAUGAUGUUAAGAGAGCUGUUCACAACAAUCAAGAAUAUUCUCAAGGAAAAUCUUUAGAAAUCUAUGAUGGGAUUUUGAAGAGAUACAUUCGUAAUCUGAAGAUAUUUUCUUUAUCAUCAUCGGCGUUUGCAAUUGCGAUACAACCUUAUUUUAUUAUGCAGUCUAUUGCAAUGGACAGUACAAUGGGUAUCGCAGGAUCCAUCAUAUUAGGAGUCCUCUCAAUUACUAUGACUUUACUUUUACACAUACUAACAAAGAGAUAUGUGACAUUUAUUUAUUAUGAUUCUGAAAGAGAUAAAUACCUUGCUACAACCUACAGCUUAUUUCUUCUUGAGAACAAAAUUGAAUUUACACCAGAUGAUGUCGUAAUACCAGAGAUUAGUGGUAUAUUUACAACAUGCCUUAUUAAAGGCAAGCCUUUACUAUUUGAUGAAAAUAAUUUUAAUGAUUUCAAUCAUUAUCAAAAAAUAAUGGGAUUUGAUAAACCAAUAGAUUACAAAUUGGGUAAUCCUAAUUUAAAUAAUGUAACUACUGAAGAAAAUUUCUCUGAUAAGACUGAAAAUAAAAGAUAAACAUUAUAAUUUAA